ACCAACCAGUAUAGUACAACUGUGGUUUGAGGUUUUGUUGAGCCCUAGCAAGAUGGAGUAUUGCUUUUCUCCUUUGUUAAUAUUAUUGAUCAUAGUUACACUUCCAAAUUGUGAAGGUAAAUGUAUCAUGUAGUCAUGUACAGUACUUAUUUAAAGUAUGAAAGGAACUUUAUUCUAUAUUCAUUUUACAACAGUAUCUAGGGAUAUUUAAAUUUCACUGCCACAUAAUUUUCAAUGUCAAUACCCAGUAUACAUGUAUAAGCUUGGUUAAAUAUCAAUCAUAUAUCUAUGGUGCAUGCAUUAUUUACUCAUCAUAAAUCCUCAAUAGUUAUGUCAUAUCAAAAGAUUAAAAUCAUGCUUGUAAUAUUUUUAUACUUUAUAGCUGCAUGUAAUCAAACUGUAUCCUUAAACGGAAACCCCAGUAUUGUAACAGAAGUCUCAAUUGGUGAAUGUGUAAUCUUACAUUGUACACUAAAUGAUAUAGUACAGUGGGAGCUGAAUGGCAACGACAUUAGUAAUGAUGAUACUCAUUACAAUAUCAAUGCUACUAGUGGUACACUGACUAUACAAGAAGUGAGGAGCAAUGAUACUGGAAACUAUACUUGUGGUGCAGGAAGCAUUUCUCUAAUAGUCCAAAUACCUGAUACCCUUGUUACUGGUCAAUACACUGACCUCACUGUUGGUAGUAGUGUCAGUAUUAACUGUACUACAGUGCCCUCCAUCCCUAACAGUGUAAAAAAUUGGCAUUCAUUAUCAUUCAAUACUGAUAGCAAUGAACUGAUCAUUGAUCCAGUGAUGCUCUCCCAUAAUAACAACACAUUCACUUGUGUGGUAUCAUCAGGCUUAUUGGCUAUGAGUUUGACAGAGUCUGUUACUAUUAGUGUAUUAGAUACCAGUGUCUCAUCUGUUACUGUCCAAUCAUUAUCAUCUUAUGUUAUUGGUGAUGAUGUAUCAAUAGUGUGUACUAUUAGUCUCACUAAUGCUAUUGGUCCUGAUGUUUCUUCACUUGUAGUGAACUGGUUUAAAAAUAAUGAAAUGAUACCAAAUAGUAUCAUUAUUAAUGGUUCAUUAUCAACAUUUAAUAGCAUCCUGACAUUAACACAGGUUUUACCAACUGAUGCUGGA